GCUGAUAAAUGAGCACAGUCGUCGGUCAACAGGCAAACCAGCAGCGCCUUCGCCACCGCCACCGCCUCCGCCACUCUUUCUUCCGCUUGCCAACCGAGAAUCUCUCGGACUCAUUCUCCGCCGCCAUGGUCGAGGUUAAGGACAUCGAGAAGCUGUUCGAGACGGAUGGCUACCUACGCUCCCACGAGCACGAGAUCCGUCGCCGACACGGCGUUCUCCAGGAUUGGCUAAAUAAAAUAAACCAGGGCGAAGGUGGACUGGAGCAGUUCUCGCAGGGCUACAAAUACUACGGCCUCCAUUUCCAGCCCGACAAUUCGGUGAUUGCCCGAGAGUGGGCACCUGGAGCCAGAGAUGUAUACCUUACGGGUGAUUUCAACAACUGGCACUGGGAGUCGCAUCCGUUCAAAAAGCUCGACUUUGGCAAGUGGGAGCUGCACCUGCCCCCCAACGAGGAUGGGAGUCCGGCCAUAAAGCACAUGAGCGAAAUCAAGGUUAUCAUUCGCAAUCAUUCCGGACAAUUGCUGGACCGCCUGUCUCCAUGGGCCAAGUACGUGGUGCAGCCGCCCAAGUCGGCCAACCAGGGGGUCAACUACAAGCAGUACGUUUGGGAGCCGCCGUCCUACGAGCGCUACCAGCGCCAGCACCAAGGUCCGGCCAGGCCAAAGUCCCUGAGGAUCUACGAGUGCCACGUGGGCAUCGCCUCCCAGGAGCCGCGGGUCGGCAGCUAUGACGAGUUCGCCGACCGAAUCGUGCCGCGCAUCAAGCGCCAGGGCUACAACUGUAUCCAAGUGAUGGCCAUCAUGGAGCACGCAUACUACGCCAGCUUCGGCUACCAGGUGACCAGCUUCUAUGCGGCUUCGAGUCGUUUCGGUAACCCGGAGCAACUGAAGCGCAUGAUCGACGUGGCUCACUCGCAUGGGCUCUUUGUUCUCCUCGAUGUGGUCCAUUCGCACGCCUCCAAGAACGUCCAGGACGGCCUCAACCAGUUCGAUGGAACCAACAGUUGCUUCUUCCACGACGGAGCCCGUGGAGAGCACGCGCUGUGGGACAGCCGUCUCUUCAACUACGUGGAGUACGAGGUGCUGCGGUUCCUGCUGUCCAACCUGCGUUGGUGGCACGACGAGUACAACUUCGACGGAUAUCGCUUCGACGGAGUCACCUCCAUGCUCUACCACUCCCGGGGCAUCGGUGAGGGUUUUAGUGGCGACUACAACGAGUACUUUGGCCUGAACGUUGACACGGAUGCCCUCAAUUAUCUGGGACUGGCAAAUCACCUGCUGCACACCCUAGAUCCGAGGAUUAUUACUAUUGCAGAGGAUGUAUCCGGAAUGCCAACCUUGUGUCGCCCCGUUUCGGAGGGCGGCAUCGGAUUCGACUACCGCCUGGGUAUGGCCAUUCCAGACAAGUGGAUCGAGCUCCUCAAGGAGCAGAGUGACGACGAGUGGAACAUGGGCAACUUGGUGCAUACGCUGACCAACCGCCGCUGGAUGGAGAACACUGUUGCGUACGCAGAGUCCCACGAUCAGGCGCUGGUGGGCGACAAGACGGUAGCCUUCUGGCUGAUGGACAAAGAGAUGUAUACGCACAUGUCGACGUUGUCGGACUCCUCGGUUAUCAUUGACCGCGGACUGGCGUUGCACAAGAUGAUCCGCCUGAUCACUCACGCUCUAGGAGGAGAGGCCUACCUUAACUUCAUGGGCAACGAGUUUGGUCAUCCUGAGUGGCUGGACUUCCCACGCGUCGGUAACAACGACUCGUACCACUAUGCUCGCCGGCAGUGGAAUCUGGUGGACGACGACAUGCUGAAGUACAAGUACCUCAACGAGUUUGAUCGGGCCAUGAACGAGGCAGAGGAACGUUUCGGGUGGCUGCAUUCCGGACCAGCCUGGGUCAGCUGGAAACAUGAAGGCGACAAAAUCAUCGCCUUCGAGCGUGCCGGCCUGGUCUUCGUCUUCAACUUCCACCCCCAGCGGAGCUUCACUGGUUACCGCGUGGGCACUAACUGGGCGGGCACCUACCAGGCGGUGCUCUCCUCAGACGAUCCGCUCUUCGGCGGACACAACCGCAUCGAUGCCAACUGCAAGCACCCCUCCAACCCGGAAGGUUACGCCGGCCGAUCAAACUUUAUUGAGGUCUACACGCCCUCUCGCACGGUCGUGGUCUAUGCCCGCGUCAGUGACUAAAUAAUAGUCGAGAUUGACUUCGGACCGGGUAUAUAAAAGAAUGUUAAUGCCUAAACGAAUUUCAUAUAGUCAUAGUGUUUGUUAAUGUUACGAAUCGGGAAGCCAUCAUUGAAAUAUAUAUGCUCAUUGAGGUAUAGUUUUCUAAA